AGAAGAAAAAAAUGACCUAUUAUUAGGCCUUUACUUUUGUUAAAUCUAAACGACCUUAAAUAAAUCCUAAUAAAGGUUUUACAAAUUAAUUAAUGUCUUACGCUACAAGAAAUUCAUAGCCUCCCAUCCCAAAAUCUUCUAGGGCCAACCAUUUUCAGUAGACAUAAGACUAGUUUGAGAAUAAUUUUUAUGCACCAGUUCAUCGAAAAAGUUCAGCUGGGGUUAUUUAAUAAAAUCCUAAUUUCUAUAAAUCUAUUACUAAGUCGAUGUCGUAAAGUAAAAGCAAAAACAAAUGA